AUGGAGAAUAGCGGGACUGGAAUUCAACUCAACCCGCCAUUGCAGCCAGCGGCGACCACUGCCAGUAGUGUUGCCCAUCAAACUGAUUCGUAUUCUGCUGCUAAUCAUCAUCAUCUUUAUAGCUAUGGCGAUCCCAAUUAUCAAUUCUAUUACUCCCAAUCCCAAAACCCUAACCCUUUCUCUGAUCCUCAUUACUAUGCGAAUUCUGCACAGAUUCAGCCACCGCCGCCUGGGAUUGAUGUUCGACCUCUGGCAAUGAUCCCACCUCCCAAUUAUUAUGUUUCGUCUUCUGGGUAUGAAGCAGCUACCCAGUUGGGCACGGAUUAUUCUUCUGCCCAGACGACUGCCGGCGUGCAUCCUGCUGUUGAUCCCACCUUUUAUCAGGACGCUAAUCAAACUGUUUCGGCGUCCUCCGGGGUUAAUCUUCCUGCAUUUGGUGUUAUGGGACUACAGAACGCAACUAUUAGUAAAAGGACCAAAACUUUGAAAAAGCCCCCCAAGAAAAUUAAGAUAGUGCAAUCUGUUUGGUGUGAAGUUUGUAAGGUGGACUGUAAUACCAAAAAUGUUCUUGACCAACAUAAGCUUGGAAAGAAACACAAGAAGAACCUGCAGAAAUUAAUCCAACUUGCAAACCCACAAGUGGUGUCUCCCUCUCCUGUGUCCGGUCCUUUACAUCCUCCUGCUUCAACAGUUGCCGAUAAACCAGUGAUUGGACCUGCAGAAAACCCUCUGAAGGGUAAUUCUUCAAGCAGCCAAACAGCAACAAAUGAAGCAGCUGCUGCGGGUGAUCUCGAGAUUAAGAGGAAGAAAAUGUUGGAAGGAGGGGCGGCUGCCGAUUCUGUCCGAAUGUGUGCCAUAUGCAAUGUGGUUUGCAAUAGUGAAACAGUUUUUGCAACUCAUCUUGCUGGUCAAAAGCAUGCUGCCAAGUUAAAGAAGCACGCAAAUGCAACAAAAGCGGCUGUUCAUACAUAA